GCUCGAAUCAUUCUCUGUCGAACGAUGUAGAAUACAUCUAUUUCAACCCUUUUUCUAGCAAAAUCCUGCCAAAAAUUCUCUAUGGCAAAAACUGAAAAUUGUCUCCCUCCUAACUCAGCCAGUAUGAAUCUGGCAGUUGGGAAAUUUCUAUAGGAUACUCGGCAAAGACAGGGGAACAAAACGUACCAUUCAAAUUUUUUUUAUGAACACUUUCAUUUUUUUUAUCGAUUGUACCAGAAAGUUACGUUUCUCUCAUAUAUUAAGUGAUUAUGUGUGUGUGUACUUUCUUUUUAGAAAGAAAUUAAUAGCAGAAGAACUUCAUUGCUGAUAUCUGCCUAGUACACGCUUUUUUUCAGAAUAUGUACCCUGUGAGUAUAUAACACACACGCAUUAGAAUUUUAUUAAAAACAACGUAUAUCUUUCUCUAUAGAUUAUAGAAAACGACAAUCUACUUAGACUUCAAACUGUUUGAACGUGGUUUUCCACAUUAUUUGUCAUUAUAGAGCAAUCCCAGUGUCAAUUGUGAAUUUUAAUGUAAAUCAUUUCUUCUGCGUUUUGAUCAGGCGGUGCUAUUUAUUAUCCCUUUUCAGAAAGAAAAAUGCACAUACAUAGAGAAUAUAACUAUGGCAAACCUUGACGAACAUAGAUGAUAGUAUAAUCUGGUUUAUACUUUUUUAGAUCAUGCUCAAAAUGUCAACACGAAUCGUGUCUCGAAAAUCGCCUCCACAUAAACUACCAAAAUUUAAUGAACAAGAUAGUGGUAGAUUAGAUCAAUUACAAAACUUUUUGAAAAAUGCUAAAGCUCAUCGAUGGCUUUUUUAUGAAUGGUUUUAUUCUGAUAUUGAUUGGUGUUUACUUGUUGCCGGAAAUGAAUUUGAAAUCUAUUUGAAACAAUGUUUUCCUAAUUUAACAACUAGUCAAUUAACGAGACGUCAAUGGAAUAUUAUUCGACGUAUACUUGGUAAACCACGAAGAUUGUCAAAUGCAUUUUUGCAAGGAGAAAUUGAUUCAUUACAUAGCCAAAGACAAUUAAUUCGUUUAUUACAAUAUCAAGAUUGCUUAGAUAAAAUUGAACAUGAUUUUAGAGAUUUACCAAAAUAUAUCGCUCAACCAUUAACUGUUGGUACAAAAGUAAUAGCUCGUUUACGUCAACCAUUGAAUGGUUUAUAUUCUGGACAGAUAGCGGAAAUUAAUGGCGAUAGUAUUUACCGUAUUUUAUUUGAUGAUCCAGAAAUUGGUUUUCAGUCAGUAGUUGAUUUUGAAGUUAGCUCACAAAAACCAUUGCAAACUAUACUUUUAUCAGAUAAACUUAAAAAUACAAAAUUUGAAAUUGAUUUACAUCAUUCAAAUGAUGAAAAUAUUUCAGGAUCAAGUACAGAAGAACAAUCUGAUAGUGACGAAUGUACGGAUAACGAAGGCAGUGAUGGUGAAAAUAUUCAGUUUCCCUCACAUUUAUUAUAUCGAAUUGUUCGUGUAUCUUGUUUACUAUGUGCUAAACGUGAUUUAAUUGUACGUUUACGUAAUAUGCAUGAUCGAGCCGAAUAUGAGAAAAGUAAAUGUAUCAAGUCGGGAAUUGUUUUCUGCGAAGAAUAUGCUCAAUUAAUCCAAACAUUAGCAGUGAUCAAUGAACGUUUAGGAAUAUUUAUCGAAGAUAUCAAUAUUAUAUGUCGAACUAUUGUAUCAGAAGAUCAAAUGCCGGUGUUUAAUGAUGCUAGAGCUAUAUGUGAACGAUCUGAACAACAAGCAAAAGAAUUAAUACAAAAAACUAAUGUAAAUAUAUGUUAG